GUCCCACAAGGCAGCCGCAGAGGUCGCAACGCCCCGCCGCUGACAGGCGGCGAGGCGAACACCCGCGCCAGGCCCCGCGGCGCGUCACGGCCGGCGGCGGCGGCUGCGGCGGCGACUUCCCGGCUCCCCCCCCCCGCGCCCGUCGCACGCACGCGUACUGCGCCCAGCAUGAGGGUCGCCGCUCUGAUCAGUGGUGGGAAGGACAGCUGUUAUAAUAUGAUGCAGUGCAUUGCUGCUGGGCAUCAGAUCGUUGCUUUAGCAAAUCUAAGACCAGCUGAAAACCAAGUGGGGUCAGAUGAACUGGAUAGCUACAUGUAUCAGACAGUGGGUCAUCACGCCGUCGAUCUGUAUGCAGAAGCGAUGGCUCUUCCCCUCUACCGCCGUACCAUAAGAGGAAGGAGUGUGGAUACGGGACGAGUGUAUACCGAACGUGAAGGUGAUGAGGUUGAAGAUCUCUAUGAGCUUUUGAAACUUGUUAAGGAAAAAGAAGAAGUAGAGGGGAUAUCAGUAGGUGCUAUACUUUCUGACUAUCAGCGUGUUCGAGUAGAAAAUGUGUGUAAAAGGCUUAAUCUCCAGCCUUUAGCUUACCUUUGGCAGAGAAACCAGGAAGAUUUGCUCCGAGAGAUGAUAUCAUCUAACAUUCAAGCAAUCAUCAUCAAAGUAGCAGCUUUGGGUUUAGAUCCAGAUAAGCAUCUUGGAAAAACCCUGGAUCAAAUGGAACCUUAUCUCUUAGAGCUUUCUAAGAAGUAUGGAGUCCAUGUUUGUGGAGAAGGUGGAGAGUAUGAAACGUUCACUUUGGAUUGCCCUCUAUUUAAGAAGAAAAUAAUUGUGGAUGCAUCAGAAGUGGUCAUACAUUCAGCUGAUGCAUUUGCACCUGUUGCUUAUCUACGCUUUUUGGAAUUGCACUUGGAGGACAAGGUGUCCCCAUUGCCUGACAACUACAGAACAUCUAAUUAUAUACAUAAUUCUUAAAAAGCAUUUUUGGACAUUGCUUACUAAACUGCCAUUUAUGGAAAAAAUUACAUAGUAUAUUCUCAAUUACUAUAUCCAGCUCUUUCUUUACAUUUUUUUAUUCUAAUAGAAACAUUGAUUAGUUGGGGAAAUGUGAAAGCCUUGUUCAUUCUUAUUGGCAAUUUCUUCAGGAUUCACUUUCUAUGACUUUUGUUACCAUGUCCUGUCCAUGACCUCUGGCUGAUGUGUGCCCUUUUUCCCCUUUAUUUCAUCUUCAACUCUCAUUUCUGUAACAUUUCUUUGCUUUCAUCACGCUGGUUUAUUUUCCCCUUUCUCUCUUCCCUGCUCUCAUCUCCUCCAAUUAUAUAAUGAUGCAGAGCAUUUGAAAAUCAGGAUGAAAAGGCAAUCACUUUAUUUAGCCAAUCAAGUUUAUUCUUCUGGGUGUCACCAACAUGAUUUGCCAUUUUUGUUUUGAUACAGUAUUCAUUUUAUCAACAUUAUUGGACAAUCAGGAAGAAUAUCAUUAACUCUUACUGGUUAUUUUGUAACAUUAAAAAACACAAUUUUUAUAUCCAAAAGGAAAAAGUCUCUUCAACAAAUGGUGUUGGGAAAACUGGACAGCAACUUUCAAAGGAAUUAAACUGGACCACUUUCUUACACCAUACACGAAAAUAAAUUCAAAACAGAUUAAAGACCUAAAUGUGAGACCUGAAACCAUAAAAAUCCUAGACAAGAAAGCACAGGCAGUAACCUCUUUGACAUCGGCUCUAGCAACUUCUUUCUAGAUAUAUCUCCUGAGGCAAGGGAAUCAAAAGCAAAAAUAAACUACUGGACUUCAUCAAAAUAAAAAGCUUCUACACAGCAAAGGAAACAACGAACAAAACUAAAAGACAAACUACAGAAUGGGAGAAGAUAUUUGCAGAUGACGUAUGUGAUAAAAGGUUAGUAUCCAAAAUAUAUAAAGAACUUACAAAACUCAACACCCCAGAAAUGAAUAAUCUAAGUAGAAAAUGGGCUGAAGACAUGAAUAAACAUUUUUUCCAAAGAAGACAUACAGAUAGCCAACAGACACAUGAAAAAAUGCUCAACAUCACUCAUCGUCAGGGAAAUACAGAUCAAAACCACAAUGAGAUACCACCUCAUACUUAUCAGAAUGACUAAAAUUAGCACAAGAAACAUCAGGUGUUGGAAAGGAUGCAGAGAAAGGGGAACCCGCUUAAACUGUUGAUGGGAAUGCAAACUGGCAUGGCCACUCUGGAAAACACUAUGGAGGUUCCUUAAAAACUUAAAGAUAGCACCACCCUAUGCCUCUACCCUAUGAUCCAGCUUGCACUACUAGGCAUUUACCCAAAGAAUACAAAAAUACUAAUUCAAAGGGAUAUAUGCACCCUAGUGUUUAUAGCAGCAUUAUCUAUAAUAGCCAAAUUAUUAACGUAAUUUUUUGGUAUUAUCUUUGCUGACAUUAGACGAGUUUACUUUGAACAGACUUAAUUUUUUACAACAGUUUUUGGUUCACAGCAAAAUUGAAUAUCUGGAACAGAGUUCCCACUCAUGCGCAGCCUUUCCCACUAUCAACAUCAGGCAUCAGAGUGGUACAUUUGUUACAGUCAGUGUAACAAUGUAAAUCACACUGACACAUCAUUAUCACCCAAAGUAUAUACUUUAUAUUAUGGUUUACUCUUAAUGAUGUACAUUCUAUGGAUUCGAACAAAUGUAUAGUGACAUGUAUCCACUAUUAUAGUAUCAUACAAAAUAGUGUCACUGCCCCAGAAAUCCUCAGUGCUCUGCCUGUUCAUCCUUGCUUUCCCUUUAACCCCUGGUAACUACUAAUCUUGUCACUGUCUCUAUAGUUUUAUCUUUUCCAGAAUGUCACAUAGUUGUAGUCAUACAAUAUGUAGUCUUUUCAGUUUGGCUUUUUUCGCCUAGGAAUAUGCAUUUAAGCUUCCUCCAUGUCUUUUCAUUAGUUUUUAAGUGCUGAGUAACAGUCCGUUGUCUGGAUGUACCACAGUUUACUUAUCAUUCAAUUCACCUACCAAAGGACAUCUUUGUUGCUUCUGAAUUUUGGCAAUUAUGAGUAAAUCUGCUGUAAAUGUCUAUGUGCCAGUUUUUGUUCUCAACUCCCUUGGGUAAAUACCAAGGAGUGUGAUUGCUGGAUCAUAUGGUUAAGGCUGUGUUUAGUUUUUAUAAGAAACUACCAAACUGUCAUCAAGUGUGGCUACAUGAUUUUCUAUUCCCACCAGCAAUGAAUGAGAAUUCUUGUUGCUCAGCAUCAUCAGCAUUUAGUGUUAUCAAUAUUUUGGACUUUUGCCAUUCUAAUAGAUGUGUGGUGCUGUCACAUUGUUUUAGUCACCAGCUUUACUCCUGAACUCACCCAAGUAGUAGGGAAGGGGAUUCUAGAGGGAAAACGAAGUAUGAUUUCCAAAAGGAAGGUAAAUAAAUGCUAGAGGGCAAAAAUAUAGAUACUUUCUCACAUGUUUUAUCAAAAUCACAUUGCUAUUACAAAUUCAGAGUAAAUUAAUUAAACCUCCACCCCAAAUAAUAGAUCUAGAAGGUAGUACCUUGAAUACCACUCUGAAAAUCUAUAUCCGUUCCCUAAAUUCUUUUAAUUUCCAUUCACUCUAUAACAUUUGCAAUCUAGCUUGACCUCAGUUACUUUGAUGAAGUGCUCUUGGUCUUUUCUCAAUCUUCAUAAUCUUUAAUUAAUCCUGUUCCUUGAUAAUAUUGGCCACCACCUCCUUGAAAAAUUCCCCUCUAAUGGUUACAUGUCCCUGUACCAUUCUGACUUGUACUCACUCAAGAUUUCUUCUGUUUCCUUCAGUAGUUUCUCUGUUUCUUACCUUCAACAAGUAUAUACUCCCCAGUUCCUUUUAUGGCUACAUUUUUUUAAUUUUUUCAUAUUUUCUGUCUCUGGGAUUUCAUCUUCUCCCACAGUCUACUUUUCAGCUUUAUGCAGAUGAUUCUCAAGUCACUCUUUUUCUGAUCUUUCUGCUGAUAACUACUCUUUCUCCUUAACUCUAGAUCCUUAUUUCUGACUGGCUGCUGGAUGUGACUCUAUUCAGUAUUUGUCAAGUUCGUUGUGUACAAACCUUGAACUCAUUGUCCUCUCCAAAUGUACUUUCUCCUUAUUUUUAUUAUUUAACACAACUGUUUCCCCCCUAAUAACUCAGGAAAAGAAUACUGGCAUCAUUUCUUACAGCUCUCUCUCUUUUAGCAUGACAUUAAGUUGGUUAUCUAGUUCUUUACAUGCUAGUCUAAUUUAUCUUUUACACCAUUCCAUCUCCAUGCCCAUCUCUCUAGUGAAAGUAGUAUCUUGCCUAAACUCUUGGAGAACAUAAAGCUUCCUUAAGUGGACUCCUUGCUUUCAUUAUCCCCAAAUUCUGUCCCACUGCCAUCUUGAUUUUUUCUUCCUAGAUUUUGUUUCUGUGCACAAAAAUGUGUAAUACAGCUACAUUUUUUUCUAAGUAAAAAAGAUAUUUAGCCACGAAUUGAAGACUGUCCAACAUGUUAACCAUAACGUCCUUUCUCAGUCUUGCUCUCGGGACCCCCCUACAUGUAUCCUUUACUACAGUAGUAUGGAGUCAUUAGAUGGAUACUCUCUUACUGUGCCUUAUGCUUCUCUCCUCUCUUGCCUUUGCUUUUUCUAUCUUAUUUGUCUUCCUUUCUUCUUCACUUUCUUUAACUGUUUAUAUCCUACCCAUGAUAUUCCUGGCAGAUUGAGCUUGAGCUCAAACAUUCAUGGCCCCCCCUGAUGAACUGUCCUAACACUUCGUUUCUUCCUUUCUUGUGACAAAUAAUCAGCUAUAUCUUAUAAUGUUUAAGCACUUGUUAUUAACACUAGGUCAUAAAUUUCUUGAGGACUAUUCCCUUAUCUUUAUACUCUCUGUAACAACUAUUAGUUCUGGAAUAAGAUCUUUGAAUUUAUAAUUGUUAUUUUCUUCAUUUUUUCUUCUUACAGAAUUUUAUAGAAAUGUGCUUCCUUUUCCUGUUGCAUACCAUUUAAUGAAAGUCAAUUCCUUGUUUAUUUUUCUUUUAUCUUGUUGUUAGAGAAAAAAUGCUCCAAACAGACUAGAAUAUAAAAAUACAACCUUUAGACAGAUUGUCAGUGUAAAAUUUAAAUUAUCACUAAGAUUUUCACUUUACAUAUGAUGACCCUUAAACUUCUCUAUCAAAUAAUUAAUCUAUUUAAAUUUUAUCUUUAAGUUAAAAUUGUGAAGUUAUUUAUGUGAAUAUAAAACUUAUAUCAACUAAACAGGGGAUCUUAAACAAAAUAACUGAAUAAUGGAAAGCUCCAGGUUAAAAAAUGGGGAAAUAUAUUAAAAUUUCUUUGGGGCCCAGGCUUUAUUGCUUAUGGCAAACUUGAUGCUAAAAUGUACCAUACAUCACUACAGUGGCAGCCUUGAGAAAAUGAAAAAUACAAAGCUUUACAUAAAUCAGCCAAAAGAUCAUAUUAAAAUGCAUAACCUUUAACAGAAGAAUCAAGACUUUUACUUUUCACCAUUACAAGCUUUUUCUUCCUUAUAUAGUUGUUUUAGAUUUUCCAAACAGCUUUAUGGGAAAUAAUAUUUCAAAUUAAUUGUUGGCAAAGCCACUGCAUAUUUAAAGAAACAGGUUCACAGAAAUUUAGCCCCAGUUUUAUUAAUGGACUCUACUAUUACUUAGUACUUAAUUUUGAUUUUUGAAAUAAUCUCAUGGGACAAUUAUAUAUUUUACAUAAUUGUAAAGGCCCACAUUCGUGGAAGUUAUAACUUUUAAAUAUACCAUAGUCUCAUAGUCCAUUCUUGGCUCUUUCACUUUAUUUUGCUUUAUUUCAAACUAUCAUCAAAUAUCUUGAAAAACUUUAUAACAUUAAGCUAUCUCCUUUUAUUUUUUGCUUCAAUCUAACAAAUACCUAUGGACACCUACUCUGUUUAAAAAAUCUCUUAGGCCCCUGUGGAAUUCACUAUAAAUAAGGACAAAUUACAGAGUAAUUUUAAUUCUAACUUCAAAAUGAAGUUAUUCUGGGAAUCAUGAUUACCGUGACAGAUUUCUAGUCCAUCUAGAGUGAUGUGUAGGAUUUGAUCCUGUUUUUCUGAAAAAUAUUGGUGGAGGCAAGGAGCUUAUGUAUUUAUUUAUAUUUGAAUAAGGAGAAUAGGGAUGGGCAUAUAAUAACCAGAGUGAUAAUAUUGGUUUCUUUGGGGGAAAGGGGCAUGAAGAGAGAAAAUAGAAAAGCUUAAUACUUACAUAUCUGUAAUUGGUGACAUCUUAUAAUGAGCAUAUACUUGUACAUUUUAAGUAUUUGAUUAAGAAAAUUAACUUCAAGGGGCAGGGUGGAGAUGGUGUAGUGAGUUUUAGUGCUAAAUAAAUAUUUAAAUGUGAUUCUGCAACAUUAUUUAGUAGUCUAAGUAGAAAGAAACAUAUUAGUGCCCUUUAAAACUUUCCAUAGAACUCAAGUGAAAAUGGUACCCACAAUGUGGGUUGAAAUCUAGUUGAUCCUAUACUAAAGUCUACUUAGAGAUUGCCGGGGAAAAGUAUAUGUAUAAAAGAGACUGAAAGCAUUCAGAUGGAAGGCCUCUUGAGUUUGUUAUGCAUGAAAAUUUGCUCUCACCACUCAUAGCAACGUGUAUAAACUGGAAGAUCCUAUCCAUAGAGGUAUGCUGCCACUGUUCUAUGCCACCUCAAAAAUAUUUCCUUACAGAAGGGACAAAAGAAGGAAGAUAAAUGAUGAUUUUUAUUCACCAACAUUUGGUUCAGUACAGCUUUCCUACCCCAUCUUUCCUACCUCCGCAUCUUUGUCCUCAAGCUAAAGAGGAGGAAAAUGAUUUGGUAAGGGGAAACAAGGCAUUUCAGAAGCUUUAAAACCUAAUUCUAUAAACUUCAAUGACAUAACUUGAGAUUCAGAGAGAUUUUGGCUUUGGGUACCAGUAAGUCACUAUUGCUACAAAAGGUCAUUGGAGCAGAGUAAUCAAGCAUCAAAUUCACUCACAUUUAGAGAACUACUUGACUCAUUUCUGUCCCAAAUGCAUGAAUUUCAAUACUAGCAAUAAUAUACCACUGUGUCGACAAGUCAAGAAUCAAAUUGGACAGCAGAAGAGUAUUUUUCAUUCCAAAAUCCGUGGUGGACCUAUCAGUUUGGGGGAAGGUAAUAUAAAAUAACCAAUCAAUUUUCUUCUCUGCUUUUAAACUCUAGUUGACUAUAUAUUAUUUCCUAGUGUUUAGUUGUUAUGCUCUCCUAUGUGGCUUGUUGUUGUUGUUAUUUUUAAAAUAAAGUUUCUGAUGUUUUUUUUAUAAA